AUGAUCGGGCGAGAAGCUCCGUUAGCGGAGUUAGCGCGGGCGGCAGGGCUGCAUGCGGAUAUCUUCGAGUCUCCAGUACCUCUCGUGAUCGUAUAUGGUGGUGCGUCUACCGGCAAAAGUGCUGGGGUGUCGCAAGCGCUGCGCACGUACCCAGCGCCUCACGCUGUUGUGGAUUGCACGGCGCUCUACUCCGCCAAGGAAUUCUACCGUGAAGCAUUAGCUCAGCUACAUGACGGUGCAAUGGUUGCCGAGUCGGAGGACGUUGCAGUCUCCGUCGAUACAAAAGAACCUGAAGAGAAUAACAAUAAACAGGACGAGGAGCAGUUCAGCUCGCUCAACUUCCUGGGCUUCUUCAAAGCUCUCGACAGGUUUAUGGAGCACAAUGCAGCCAAAGGGGACGAGCCGAGUCGACGAGUCUUAUAUCUGGCACUAGACCAUGUGGACAAGUUGCUGGAUCGAGGGCUUGGGGCUUUACUUACGUGUGUGUGCACGAUAAACGACCAGAUCUCGUACUUGAAUAUGUUCGAGGACUCUCCGCCAUGGGAAGCUUGUGUGUUGCUGAUUACACGAGGAAUGUCGUCGGAUUUUGACCGACUUGUGGUGCCUUUCUUCCCUGCCUACGUGCACUUCCCACCGUACAAACCCGGUCAAUUGGCGGACAUUCUAAUGCAACAAUUGGGAAUGAACGAGGCGAACGAGUUGUUCCGUUCGUGGCUUGUGCAUCUUCAUGGACUGUUGCCUCCUGCCCCGGACGGUGAUUGGCUCGAGUUUCGUGCUGCUGUGGUGCACUUGCUACCGGAGUUUCGAGCGUUGUUCUUGUUGCCUGUUCAAGGGGUGGAAGCCUCUAGAAUGAAGAGUAAACUGGAGCGAGAUACCAAAGGCCUCGUCUACACCUUCCUACAGACACGAAGACGACAUCUUUUCGGCUAUCACAAGCUGGGUAGCGGCAUGGGCGACCCGUCCGAGCUCAUCUCGUGCACCAAUCUGAGUCGCAACUGUCUUCUGCUCGUGUUAGCAGGCUAUCUGGCGUCGUUUAAUCCUCAAGAAACCGAUGUGCGCUUCCUCUCUUCUUCCGGCGGACAGCGUCGUAAGAAACGAGCCAAGAAGAAUCCGGAAGGAGAGUCGAGCUCAGCCACAACCACGUCAACUAGCAACAAGAAGCAGCAGAUCAGUCAACUGCUUCUUGGGCCUCGGAUCUUCACAUUGCAGCGACUUCUAGCCAUCUAUCUCAACCUCCGGGUCGAAGCUGAGGCCGAGAAUUCUGCUGAUGACAACGAAUCGAACUCUUCUGAAACACGCGAGGAAGUCUUCACUCACCUCGCAACGCUCGUGCGAAUGCAGCUAUUCCAACGUGCGACACCACCCCAUGUGCUGGACAACAUCAAGUUCCGGUGUCUCGCUGACGCUCGCUUUGUUCAAGAAACAGCGCGCUUUCUAUCCUUCCCAUUAGACGCGUACCUCAACAGAGCCACAUAG